GUCAGCUCUGAUUUUAAACCAAAAGCGAACGUGAGCGCGCGCGUUCACUCCGUGUUUAAACAGAGAGUGAGGCAUAGGAAGACCAGAACAACAGCUACAGCAACAGGGAGCCUGCCUCCACAGAACUCCGUUCAUCUAGCCAUCCAUCCAUCCUCCCACGUUCGGCCAACUUCAGAGCCGCUCGCAUCGAUUGAUUCAUCGAUCGAUCGAGACAUCGUUGAUACGGAAAAAAACGGCCUGUUGAUUUGAAACCAGGUUAAACUCGAUUGAAUUGAGCCCUCCGACUUACUCGAGGAAGAUGGCGUACAGACAACGCGGCGGCCGCCAAUUUGAUGCCGAACCGUGGAUUGGCGGGAAUAGUAGCUGGGGCAACCAGCCCAUGUGGCAAGGGGGUGCUGGUGGUCACCACCAUGGCGGCGGUCAGGGCUACGGCCACCAUCCGCAGGGUGGCUAUGGAAACCAAGGGCAUAAUCAGGGGGGUGGUGGAUACUAUCCCCCUGGACCACCCCAAAGACAGCCCCCGCGUCACAGCAACUAUCAGCAGCCGAGCAGGGGCUAUAACCAGCGACCCCCGCAGCAACAACUGCAGCAACAGCAGCACCAGGGUCAAAACCGUGGCGUCAAGAGGCCUGCUCAGCAGAACUUCAAUAAUGGAGUCACUGUUGUCAAGAGGCUGCGCGGAGCCCGUGGCAGCGGCGGACGCGGACCGCAGAAAGCUCAACCGAAGAAGGAACAGCCCGCCGCCAAGGAUGAGUGCGUCGUUCUCGAUGACACCGAGAAGAAAGCCCAAGAGGGAACCUGCAAGAUCUGCCAGGAGAAAUUCGAUGGCACAUACAAUCAACACAAAUUGACGAAACCGCACCGUGAAAAACGCGCCCAGAAAUACCCUUCAUGCGGACCUUGUGGUUUGAAGUUCAACGGCGACGAUGCCCGUCAACGCUAUGAAGUUCAUCUUGGCUCGAAAGCUCACAUGCAAGUUGUGGAAACCGCUGAGCUUGACGUCAAGGAAGGCCAAGAGCCGGAAGGCACUGAACUCUGCGAGCCGAUUGAAGCGGUCAUGUGCUCCCUUUGUGAGUGCGUCUUCAAGAAGGAAUUCGUGGAAUUCCAUUGCAAGACCAAGGGGCAUCUGAAGAGAAUUACUAAGAAGAAAGCCGAAGCUGAACGCGCGGCUAAGAAGGCCGAGGAAGAGGCCAAGAAAGCGGCUGGUGGGGAAGAUAAAGAAGGCGAAGCGACAGAGGAGAACGGUGAAGCCCCCGAGGAGAACGGCGAGGAGGCUGAAGAGGAUGCCGAGGAAGAUUUCGCCGAGGAAGAAGAGGAUGCCGAAGCCCAUGAGGCUCAAGAAGCCGAAACAGCUGCCGACGAGGCUGCUGCGCCGGAGGAGGAGCUCCAGGGUACCGAGGCAAACGCAUCCGAAGACGCCACUCCCGCCGAAGAAGCCGAACCAGCCGCCGAACCCGAAACCCCCGCACCAGAGCCAGUGAAGGCGACACCCGCCAAGAGAGGUACAGCAAGACGCGGACGUGGACGGGGUAGGAAGUAAACAUCUGGAAGCUACCCAAAAUCGAGAAUGACUUUUGGUUUCAUUCCCAAACAAACCUCUACGCUAAAAAGAAUGUAUUCGCGUAACGUCGAAAAGUGAAGCAGAAUUUAGAUGAACAACAACAAGUGUAACUCUCUACUCUUAUAACUAACCUGUCACUCCCGCAGCGAGGGAGAGGCUCAUAGCCGCAGCUGUAAAUUUGAACAUAUAAACUGUGUCCAUUGGAGUCUUGGCGCGUUGUUCGUCGUUGCUUCUGCGAAUUCGAUUCGGUUCCAAUCAGAGCAACCCAUAACCUCACACCGACACAAAUAAACAAAGUGUAUUACUUGAACGGGA